CUUUAAUCCCGCUUGUUACAAAUGGAGGGAACGCCAGGGCCGCCAUGGACAGAGGAGCAGCACGAAAUGAACAACUCGCUGCCGCUCUGUCUCUCGUAUUUGACUCAUGCCAAGACUUUAACAUCUGUCAAGCAAGUCCACGCCAAUUUACUCAAGACUGGCUUUCACGCCGAUCGUUUGGUCGCCGGGAGGUUGCUCCUUCACUGUGCCACGGCUCUCUCCGACUCUCUCGACUAUGCUUGCUCACUCCUGCGCCACGCUCCGGAUCCUGAUGUAUUCAUGUGCAAUGCCGUUAUUCGAGGGCUAGCGGAAUCUGAUAAUCCCUUGAACGCCAUCUCUGCAUUUGUGGAGACGCGGAGGGAUUUCGGGUUGCCUCCGGAUAGCUAUUCGUUUGCGUUUGCUCUCAAAGCCGCUGCGAAUUUGAGAUCCUUCAGAGUUGGAAUUCAGUUGCAUUGCCAAGCUUUGAGCUAUGGUUUUGAUAGCCAUAUCUUCGUCGGGACUACUUUGAUAAGUAUGUACGGGGAAUGCCGGUGUGUUGGUUUAGCAAGGAAGGUGUUUGAUGAAAUGCGUCAACCAAAUAUUGUCGCGUGGAAUGCUGUGCUCACUGCGUGUUUGAGGGGAGAAGAUGUGAAGGGUGCGUCAGAAUUGUUUAAUCUUAUGACGUUCAAGAACUUGACAUCCUGGAACGUGAUGCUUGCGGGUUGCAUGAAAUCAGGGGAACUAGAGCUAGCGAGAAAGGCGUUUUCUGAAAUGCCGAUGAAGGAUGAUGUCUCAUGGAGCACCAUGAUUGUUGGGUUCUCUCAUACGGGAUAUUUUGAUGAGGCUUUUGGGCAUUUCAGGGAGUUGAGGAGAGUUGGGAUGACACUGAACGAGGUGAGCUUGACUGGGGUGCUCUCAGCUUGUGCACAAGCAGGAGCCUUUGAGUUUGGAAAAAUCCUCCACGGAUUUCUUGAGAAAGCUGGCUUCCUCUGGAUGGUUUCUGUUAACAAUGCGUUACUGGAUACUUAUGCUAAGUGUGGCGACAUAGCAAUGGCUAGGCUAGUCUUUGAACGAAUGCCUCAGAAAAGAACCAUAGUUUCUUGGACCUCAUUGCUGGCAGGACUUGCAAUGCACGGUCAUGGAGAUGAAGCAAUUCAGCUCUUUCAUGAAAUGGCAUCAACUGGAGUAAUGCCUGAUGGAAUCAUCUUUAUUUCUCUUUUGUAUGCUUGUAGUCAUACUGGAUUAGUUAAAGAAGGAUGUACCUACUUUUAUGAGAUGAGGAAUGUCUACAAUAUUGAACCGUCUAUUGAACAUUAUGGUUGUAUGGUUGAUCUAUAUGGUCGAGCUGGCCAGCUGUGGAAGGCAUAUGAAUUUGCAUGUCAGAUGCCAAUUCCAGCCAAUGCAAUUAUUUGGCGGACCCUUCUCGGUGCUUGCAGCUUUUAUGGGAAUAUUGAGUUGGCAGAGAAAGUGAAGCUAAAGCUUUCUGAGCUAGACCCCUACAACUCUGGUGACCAUAUUCUACUUUCAAAUGUUUAUGCAGUUGCAGGGAAGUGGAAAGAUGUUGCGGCUGUGCGACGAUCAAUGAAUGAUCUGAAAAUCCAGAAAACUCCUGGGUGGAGCAUGAUUGAGGUAGAUAAGGUCAUGUAUACUUUCUUGGCUGGUGUAAAGCAGGAUGAUAAGAUCAUAGUAGAGGCUUACGAGAAACUGAAGGAGAUAAUAUUGAGGCUACGGUUGGAAGGAGGGUAUGCUCCUGAAGUUGGUAAAGUCUUUUAUGACCUAGAAGAAGAGGAAAAAGAAGACUCCAUAUCCAGUCACAGUGAAAAGCUUGCUGUAGCCUUUGGGAUUGGAAGAUUGUGCAAGGGAAAGAAGAUAAGAGUUGUCAAGAAUUUGAGGAUUUGCAGGGACUGUCAUGUCAUGAUGAAGUUGAUUUCUGAUGUCUAUAAUGUUGAGAUUGUUGUAAGAGAUAGAAGCCGGUUUCACUCUUUCAAGGAUGGGUUUUGUUCGUGCAGAGACUACUGGUGACUGCUGGUCAAAGCUGCAGCUGUGAAUUUCAUGUUGAAAUGUAGAAGAGCAAACCAAGAUAAAAAAUAGAUAUAUCAUUGCGAUGGUAGAACCGAGAAUAUUCCUACUGGCAUGGACAUAAUAAGAAUCGAAAAUUGGGUCAAUAGAGUCAGCCCUGUGGUCUAGCUCGUCAUGGUUCUGAUGUUUCUGUCAACUAAUUGGAGCUAACUGACUUUUGCUGCAUUUCAAGAUGAGGAGUUUCAACUGUUGCCUGCUCAACCUGGUUUGGUGACUUAGCACUGGACUGCUCCUAGCUCCUAGCCUAAUGUCAAGAAUGAGUGGUUAUCAGCCAGUUGAAGUUGGUCCUGGUUGAAAACCCAAUAUCCGUCGAAUGGUAAGAAUUCCUAGUUUUCCUUGUAUGUUAUAGGGUUAUUAUAUUGUUUCCCCCUUGUUCAUUGAGAAGAAUGCAUAGUUUUAGGGAAUGGAUCUGCAUUGUACUUUCCUCAGCCAAUAUUUGAUGAUAUGAAAUAUAAGUUCUUGGUUCUAACUCCACAAUAAUCUUCCCCGCCAUUUUUUCCCAAAUAGAUAAACAUAGUCAUCAGUUAUAUCUUAUGAUCUACUCUUCUGCAGUAACCAUUCUACUAACAUUUUAAGUUUACUUUUGGAUAACUCAAGGUUCCUUGAAUUCACAAUUUUUUAUUUAUUUUCAAAUGGAAUUAAAUUUCCUGAUAGUUCUAAUCUGAAUACUGAAUGUUGAUUGUACUUGCUUGUAGGUGACGUGUUAAAGGGCAGGUACUUCAUGCUAUUGGUUUAUAAAGGCCCAGUAAUAUAGCCUCUGCAACUCCCGGACUUCACCAUCAUUCUGAAAAUCUUGAUCAAGGGUAAAGAACGGAAAAUGAUAAGAGAACUGGGAAUCAGAACCUUGAUUGAGAACAUACUCAUGUGCAGCUACAAGUAUUGCGUGAUUUGCAGCCUAGUGAUGUUGUUACUACUUGGUCCAGUUGAACAUCAGACUCGGCUCACCAGAAACCAGAUAGAGAAUUAAGUUGUUAUUCAUGCUCUGGUUUGUAAGUGUUUGUCUGAGCACAGAUCUGCUGCUUCAUUUUCGGAAGGCAUUUUGAAUCUCAGGAUGGUGUUUCUGUAUGCUAUAGAAGUAUAUAGAUCGCCACAAGCAACCAGAGACUGUUGUAACAGAAAAGUGCCAUCAGAAGGUUUGUAAGGCGAUGGAUUUGAACACACUUCUUUUGAGAGGGCAUCAAUAUAUGAAUCUUCAUGUCAACUUGAGGUGGAUGGAACAUCGAUAUCAAGGAGCGCUAAAUUGACAUCAGGUUUGGCUUACGAAAGGCAUGAGCGUAUAUAAGCUGUACUGUAAAUACUCUGCAUUACAAGUAUUCUACAGGCUUUUAUAGGGGCACAGUAGCUCUGAUUUAUACAACAUUGGAACUAUCAUUAAGCAACUUGUGAAGGACCUAUCUUUUGAAAAUAGAAGAUGGCUUUUGUUUAUUCCUUUUCCAUUUGUACACUCUCUGUACAGUUGGUAUUCCUUAUAGCAAACGGUAUUGCUUACAUUGUUACCACUGCCAAGCGUUGAUUUUGUGCGAGCCUGAAUCGAUUAAGUUAUUUUCUUAUAAAUGGAUGCAGUCAUU